UGUUAAUACUUGAUAAAGUUAUCAGCAUACAGAAGCUGGAAGUUCUAACGGUGAUAUUGUGUCAGUGACGCGACCUUUUAACAGACGGCACGAGCACAAUGGCUAUCUCUAGGAAAUGACGACAAAAAACUGUUUCCUUCGCUAUUACAUUCGAUAAACCGAGUUCAGGUGUUUCCGAAUAAAGAGUUGGAACAAUGUAAUGUUCUAACAUGACACGGUGAUGUGAAGAUCCGAGUGCAGUGCAAGUUGCAAGCCCAGGCGGUUAACUUUUAGUUCAAGAAGAAUGAAAGAAGAGGGAAAACCAUGUCCGUACGACAAAGCAAACUGGCUUUCCAGAAUAUCAUUUUGGUGGCUGACCCCGUUGUUUAUCAGUGGCUUCAAGAGACCUCUCACCUCCAGCGACAUCUACGACGUGUCAAGGGAAGACAAAUCUGCACAACUUGAAAAAAUACUUGAAAGGACAUGGAAGCAAGAACUGCGUCGAUAUUCCGAUGGACAGAGUACCAGUCUACUCCGAGCCAUUCUCUGGGCGUUCCGUCUACAGUGGUUGUUCCCGGCCAUACUGCUUUUCAUUUCGGAAUCUUCAAAAGUCUUGGCUCCGUAUUUGGUUGGUCAGCUUGUAGGAUUCUUCAUACCAGGGUCAAAGGUCACCACAACCACUGCCUACAUCUACGCGGUGUCGUUAGGUCUGGUUGGUCUAACGCAGAUGUGCAACCCGCUGUAUUUCUUCAUCAUGCAGAGGACAGCUCUGAAAAUGAAGACUGCUGUUGGAAGUUUAAUUUACAGAAAGGUUCUCUCCCUUAGUAGUCAGUCAUUUUAUCAGACAACCUCUGGCCAGAUAGUGAAUCUCUUGUCCACCGAUGUAGAAAAAUUCCAUCCGGCUGUGGAAAAUAUUCACUAUCUGUGGUUGUCUCCCCUUGUGAUGAUAACCUGUAUUUACCUCAUAUAUCAGCAGUGUGGGCUGGCCAGCCUCUUCGGGUUUUCUGUUAUCGUCAUUUUCAUGCCUUUACAGAUGAUUAAUGCAAAGCUCUUCGGACAUUUACGGAGUAAAAUAGGUCAGUGUUCUGACCAGCGUGUUCACAUGAUGACUGAAAUCAUCUCAGGAAUCAAGGUUAUAAAGAUGUACUGCUGGGAGCAGCCGUUCAGCAGUCUGAUCAACUCGUUACGAGGGCAAGUAACCACGUUUUAAUACACUAACACACGAAUCCACAAAAACCUACAAUCAAAUGGGGGCGGGAUGUAGCCCAGUGGUAAAGUGCUCGCUUGCGCAGUCAGUCUAGGAUUGAUUCCUGUCGGUUGGCCCAUUGGGAUAUUUGUUGUUCUAUCUAGUACACCACGACUGGUAUAUCAAAGGCUGUGGUAUGUGCUAUCCUGUCAUUAAGAUGGUGCCUAUAAACGAUCCCUCACUACUAAUGGUAAAAUAUAGUGGGUUUCUUCUCUUAGAUUAUAUUUAAAAAUAAGCAAAUACUUGACAUCCAAUAAAUCAGUGCUCUAGUGGUGUCAUUCAACAAAACAAACAAACUUAAUAAGCAAGUUAUAAUUAGUAGUACAACCACCUUACAAUGUUGUGUACAAAGUUAAC